UGGUGCUAUAUAGCACCGUUUGUUUUUUAGAGUGAAGGAGACAGACUGUGUGUGUAUCUAUAAGAACAGACAGGUGAAGGAGGGGAUAAAGUAUGAGAACAGAGUGAGUCUGUUAACAGAGGACCUAAACAGAGGUAUUGUGGCCUUAAAAUUACAAAAGUUCAGUUUGUCAGAUGUUGGAGAUUAUCUGUGCCAGGUCACUAGUGGAGACACCAAAAAGGAGAUAACAGUAAACGUAGAAAAAGGUAAGUUUUCUUUUACCUUUAAUUUAUUCUAAUUAAACUUUGAUGUAAAUUAAUGGUCCCCCCCAGAUUCCCCCACACAUCAAAUGUUUGUAUUGCUUUUUUCCCCUAAAACAGUCACCAAAGUGCACCAAUGAGUCAAAAUAUUACAAUAACCAGAAUUAUUUAGUUUAUAAAGCAGAUUGCAUUUAUUUAAUCUAUUGAAAUCUGUUUCAUUCAAAGAUUAGCAACUUCCACUGAAUAUAUUGCUGUUGAAUAUAUGAGUUUUGCCAUUACAGAUAUCAUUUUGAUCAUGUCUGCUAUGUAUGUUUCUCUAUAAUUCUUAUAUCUUUAUUGUUUAUAAACACACUUCUUCAGUAAAAACAGACUUGUAUAAGCGUAUAGCCGCUGGAGCAUUACUAGUUGGACUGGGGUUCGUACCAGGAAUAGGAUUAGCAGCAGCAGCACUAGGAGUUGCAGGAGCAAUUACAGCUGGAGGAGCGGCAGUGACAGCAACAGCAGUAGCAGUAGGAGCAGUAGGAGCACCAGCAGAAGCAGUAGCAGAAGUAGACAUCAAUAUCAAAAGCAUAGACAGAAGAUGGAGUGAACAAGAGAGAAUGAGAAUGGAAAACUCUUCUGAGUUGACAGAAACAAAAUCCUGUCUAGCUGAAAAAGACAAAAUGAUAAAAGAUCUGGAGAUGGAAAGAAAAAAACUCCAAGACAAAAAACACAUGUUGCUGGAUAAAAUGAGCAAAAUGAUAAGUGAGAAAGAAAGGGAAUUAAAGACAGUGAUAGAGAUGAAAGCCAGUAAACAUGAGCUGACCAAACUGAGAACAGAACUACAAGAAGAGAUCAGACAGCUACAAGAAGAGAUAAAGAUACUCAAAGGGCAGUCUUCACACUCAGCUGUUGGAGUAAGAAGAAACAGCAUCAGCUGGACACGUCCGACCAUGAGUGGAGAAACAUCAAAUGCAGACUCUUCAGUGUUGGUUUCUGGAUCAGAGCUCAGGUUGGUUCUGCUGGGGAGCGCUGGAUCUGAGAAGAGUGCAUCAGUAAACAUCAUCCUGAAGAGAGAGAAGAUCCAGACUGAUACAUCAACAGAGAUCCAGCAGAGUGAGAGCAGACAGGGGGAGGUGAAUGGGAAGCAGCUGACUGUGGUGGAAACUCCUGACUGGUUUUGCUCUGGUCUCUCUCUGGAGGAGGUGAGAGAGGAUGUGAGACUCUGUGUCCGUCUGUCUGCUCCAGGACCUCACGCCUUCCUCCUGGUCAUACCAGUACAACAAUCUACUGGAGUAGAGAAAGCAAUGCUGGAGAAAAUGGAGGAGAUUUUUGGGGAGAAAUGUUGGAGGAACACCAUGAUCCUUUUCACUGUUACUGAUGAAGAACAAAAGAAGAUCAUUGAGGAUUUUGUCCAGUCAGGGAAACAGGAGGUCCAGAGACUUGUAGAGAAAUGUGGGAACAGGUUUCACUUUCUCAACAUUCAUCAGAGUGGAGAUGAUUCACAGAUCUCAGAGCUGCUGGAGAAGAUUGAGAAGAUGGUGGAAGGAAACACAGAGAGAUUUUACAGCAGUGAGAUCUAUCUUGAGAUAAGACAUCUGAGAGAAAGAGAGAAGUUUAACGUACUACAGAUUUUUCAUAAAUUUCAGGAAGCAUUGAGUAGCAUAGAGUGAAAACUGGACUUUAGAAAAGGAGUGUUUGGCAGCAUGAUGCAGUAAUGUAGAUGUUAAGGAAUGAUUGCAUUAAUUGCUGUAUGUUAGGCAGCUGAUAAUGAAUAAUUUAACACUUAAGUCAUGGCUUGCCCCUCAGAGGGCAGCUUGAGGUAGCAGAGUCUCGACUUUAAGACUGUGUUGGUUAUGAAGAGUGCAUCAGUAAACAUCAUCCUGAACAGAGAGGAGAAGAUCCAGACUGAUACAUCAACAGAGAUCCAGCAGAGUGAGAGCAGACAGGGUGAGAUGAAUGGGAAGCAGGUGACUGUGACAUACAAGUGACAAACAAACACCAUGAACCAUUUUACUGUUUCUGUCAAAGAUCAAGAUAAAAACAUUAGGGAUUUUGUCCAAUCAGGGAAUCAGGAGGUCCAGAGACUUGUAGAGAAAUGUGGGAAUAGGUUUCACUGUCUCAACAUUCAUCAGAGUGGAGAUAAUUCACAGAUCUCAGAGCUGCAGGAGAAGAUGGUGGAGAGAUUCUACAGGAGUGAGGUCUUCCUGGAGAUUGAAAGUUGUCUGAGACAGAAAUUUUGUGCAGUACAGAUUUUUCCCAAAUUUCCGGAUGGAAUCAGUAGUGAGCGUGAAUAACUGGAUUUAGGAAAGUUGUACAGCAGUAUAAUGCACAGUUACAGUGCAAUCCCACCAAAAUCCACUACACUUACAAACUAGUAAUUGAUGUCAGUGGUGGGCAACAGUCAUACUGUAACAAAGAGCAGUCAUAAUCAGUGUAAAUUGUGCCAUUCAUCAUUGUUCUAUAGAAAUGUCUGUAACAAAAUACAACUUCUGUGAAGUAAUUUAAACAAAUGUGACCCUGUCUGUGAAAUCCAGGUUUCAUAAUUUAAUUUUAAGAGAAAAUUUGUAAUAUCAGUCUUUGUCAUGAUCUUACUUAUUCAAUAUUAAAGAUAUC